UCACCCCGGGGAAAGGGGCAACUUAAUGGACUGUGUAGUCAGGCCUAUGUUAUUCUGUGUUUUUGCAAGAUUGUGAAUAAAAGUUUUAUAGUUUAAAAAUAAUAUGUGUAAAAAAUAGCCUACUUAAAAAAAUCCCCGUCAUUUCGGACGCCCCUGUGGAUCGUUAACUGGCGCCCCUAGCAUUCGCCUAUAUCGCCUAUGCGAAGGGCGGCUCUAAUCGUACCACCCUGUACUGUACCACUUUCGUCCACUAGAUGGUAAACAGUGACCAAACACCAACGCAUUUGAUGGCUAUAACAAUGUGCAAUCUCAGUCUAAAAGCAGGAACACAACAAAGUCGUAUAGGAACUUUAUAUAGCAAAUAAUGAAUUGAUAAAUAAUAAACGACUACUAAACGGCCAUUGACUAAACUGCUAUUCGCUUAAUAGCCUAAGAGCGCAAUUUUCUAAAUAAAAUUCAAAUAAGCUGUUUACAAAUGUUUUGUUGUUAUAAUAAGCCCUAAUAUACAAAUAAUUGAUCGCCCGAUAUUAGAUAAAAUGCUAGAUCAGUGGUAAACUGGGAACUUCUGAUCACCACAUACGCCUAUCGAAGCAAAAUCUGAAACUUUGAGAUGCUCGUCCCUCUCCACCUACCAGAGAUGUAUAGCCUACUUCCUUUUCAAAUAAUAAAUCCAGUUUGGCAAGUUUUUUUUUUCCCCAACGACAACCAAGAGUCCAGGUAGGAAAAGUGCAGCCCUAAGCGGCGGGUUUUCCUUCUCCUUUAUAAAACGGCGUUCAAAGGGGAUUCGGUCAGGGAAGAACCUCGCGGAGGCGCGCAGUAGUGCGGGGCGGCAUGGGAGCAGAACCCUGGUCCAGAUAUCAAAACCUAAGCGUGAAGGGAAACCCUUACUUGUACUGAGAUGCUUCAUUGCAAGAACGGCUGUUAUUAAAAUACAGGGUUCAUCAUCGGAAAAUGGGACUACCUCAGGGCCAAGCCGACGAACAGGACUUACUGGAUAUCGAGUGUCCCGUGUGCUACGAGCUCUUCACGGGCGCGGAGAGGACUCUCAGCUGCGGGCACGUUUUCUGCCACGACUGCUUGGUCAAGACCCUGGUCGUCGGGAACGGCGGCGGCAGCCAGAUCACUAGACAGAACAUAAUUUGUCCCGUCUGCAGACACAUGACUUUCGUUAUUAAAGGACAACCGUUUGUGGAGACCGGCAAGACUGCAGACGAUGGACAGACCCUUGAAGUGCCUGUGAUCCAUCCAAUCAGGGCUGCAUCCAAUUGUUUUGGUACUCAGGGUCCCACUGAGUACGGGGCAGCGCAUCCCACGCAGUCAACCAUCGGAAUGGCUCUGCAACAAAUGAGAUUUGCUUUAAGCACUUGCUCCGGGCGGCAAUUAAGCAACUAUGACUCUCAGAUUUUUAUUAUAAGUAACCAGGGACGACCGAUGAGUGAGCAGGAUACAUUUAGUACGGCUUCGACCAUUGUCAGUGAACAGGAUCAGCUACAACGCCGUCAAGCGCGGAUCUGCACCACCGCACGCUGUCUCGUGCUAUUGCUGUCACUUUUCAGUCUGUUGGCGUUGGUUGCCGCCACACUUCCUUGGGUGUUAUUGGGAUAAACGUCAUUUGUGACUUUUACUUUACGCGCUUAAUUAUUUGAACUGCAACGACAAUGUAGUCUAAUAAUAGUAGAAAAUAUGCCAUAGCUAUUCUGACAGUGAUGACAAAUAGCCUAGUCUAUAUAGGUAACUUGGGGUUACAUGCUCAUUAUGUGAAAUGCACUAAUGAUAUUGUGAAACUACAAAGAAGCAUAUUAAAGAUUAGCACAUUUGAAAA